AUGUCUAGAUACGCUGCCUCCCACGUUAGCACCCAGGGUCCUGGAGAUGCGCGGCCCACAGCUCUUCAAGUCGUUGAGGAUGAAGGCCUGAUCGGCAAGCUCGCCGGCAAGGUCGUCCUUGUGACGGGCGCAAACUCUGGUAUUGGUGUCGAAACAGCGCGAGCUAUCCACGCCAUCGGUGCCACUCUCUACCUCACUGCCAGAGACUCGGCCAAAGCCCAGCAGGCCGUCGACAACGUCAAGAACGGACCCGGCCCCAAGUCUGAUGCCCCCAUCCACGCCAUAGAGAUGCGUCUAGAUUCCUUCGCCUCGGUACGAGCAGCGGCCAAGGCCUUCCACGCCAAGAGCGGCAAGCUUAAUCUGCUCAUCCUCAACGCCAGCGUUAUGGCCACACCCGAGGGGAAGACCGAGGACGGUUUCGAGACCCAAUUUGGCACCAACCACUUGGGCCACUUCCUCCUCUUCCAACUGUUGAAGCCCGAUCUGCUCGCAGCCUCUACGCCUCAGUUUCAAUCGCGGGUAAUUUCUGUGGCCUCCUCAGCCCACCGCUACGGCAAGGUCCGCCUCGACGACUUCAACUUUGAAAAAGACCCUUAUGACGCCUGGACUGCGUAUGGACAAUCCAAGACGGCCAACAUCCACUUCGCUAAUGAAGUCGAAAGACGAUACGGGUCCAAGGGACUGCACGCCCUCUCUCUGCACCCGGGUAUCAUCCAGACCAAUCUCUCUCAGUAUCUCAGCAAGGAGGUAUUAGAGUCGUUGGCGAGCAAUGAAUCUCUGCACAAGAGCAUGAAGAGCGUACCCCAGGGAGCGGCCACGACCCUUUACGCUGCGCUAAGUAAGGAAUGGGAAGGCCGAGGCGGCAAGUACCUCAGCAACCUCGCCGAGGAGGAGCUGGCGGAUACUACGGGAGACUGGUUGCAGAGCGAGGUUGGAUACGCCCCCUGGGCUUACGAUGAGGAGGCUGAAAGGAAGCUUUGGGAAGAAUCGAACAAGCUGGUGGGCGUUGACAGCGAGUGA